ACUAAGUGCGGAAGCUGGAGGAACAACCAAGUACUGCUCACUGCAGAGCCAAAUGACCUCCAGCUCCCCCUCUCUGGAUGGGUUAGGGAAUGGUUGUGUGGUACGGUGUCUAGCUCCAGCCAUUACAUCCAGCGAGGAGGAACUAGAGCUCCAGCUCCAGCUCCUCCCGGAACAACAGGCUUUAAGGCAGCCUUUUUACUUUCGAUUUACUUAGGCCUACUUUCUAUUAUGUAGGGGAUGGCAUGGGGUAAUGGGAGCUGCGUUAAAAAGUUCGGAGCUUUUAUUUCCAUUUAGUUUACUUUUUUGUAAAGACGAAAAGCGGUGAAAAUGAACUCCGUUUUGUGGACAUUGGUGACUGUUUUGCUCGUGUUUGGUGUGUCUGGUGUUGGUGCAGAUGAAGAGUCGGUGUUUGUGAUGGAGCAAGAUUCAGUCACUCUACACACUAAUAUUGAAGCAAAUCAUCAAGAAAAGAUGAGAUGGUAUUUUAAGGACUUUCAAAUCGCUGCAAUCAUUGGAGAAAAGAGAGAAAUCUGUACAGAAGAUCAGUGUAAAGAGAGAUUCAGAGACAGACUGAAGCUGGAUCAUCAGACUGGAUCUCUGACCAUCACAAACAUCACAAACACAGACUCUGGAGUUUACAAAAGAAAGGUCAUCAACAGUGGCAGCGUCAGUGACAGGAUCUUCAAUGUUUCAGUACAUGGUGUUUCUGCUGCUGAACGAGAUAAAAUGAAGGGAAAGUCGGUGAAGGAGGGAGAAUCUGUUACUUUAGAUCCUGGUGUAGUAAAAAACCUGAAUGGUGUGAUGACGUGGUAUUUUAGUGACAUUCUCAUGGCUGAAAUCACAGGAGAUCAGAGUGAGGUCUGUACAGAUGAUCAGUGUAAAGAGAGAUUCAGUGACAGACUGAAGCUGGAUCAUCAGGCUGGAUCACUGAACAUCACAAACACUAGAACCACAGACUCUGGAGAAUAUAAACUACAGAUCAACAGCAGAAACGGCAGCUUCAGUAUUAGCAGAAUAUCAACUGUUUUAACUGUCAUUGAUUCAGGUCUUUCUCCAGGUGCUAUAGCAGGAAUUGUUGUUGUUGUUGUUGUUGUUGUUGUUCUGUUGCUCAUUGCUGCUGUGUUCCUCUAUCGCAGAGCAAGAAGGAGAAACACACAGAACAAUCGUGAUCAGGAGAUUAAUUUGGAAGUCUUGCCUCCUGAUCAGAGUACGACUCCAUUUAUACCUCCUGAGGCCAAUGCUUCUAAUUGGACUGCUAAUGGAAACCAUGUGUAGCAUAAAUGUUCAGUCUUUCACAUC